AUGGCGGAGGAGACGGGGAAGGCGGAGGCUGCCGGGUCUGGGAGCUGCGGCGGCGGCGGGUGCGAGCCAGUGAAGAAGAGGGCGGAGCAGAGCGUGGCCUUCCAUGAGCUGUUCAGCUUCGCGGACCCGCUUGACUGGCUGCUCAUGGCGGCGGGGAGCGCCGGUGCCAUAGUACAUGGCGCCGCCAUGCCGGUGUUCUUCCUCCUGUUCGGUGAGCUGGUCAACGGCUUCGGCAAGAACCAGCACCAUCUCCGCCGCAUGACCGACGAGGUGUCCAAGUACUCGCUCUACUUCGUCUACCUCGGCCUCGUCGUCUGCGCAUCCUCAUACCUGGAGAUUGCGUGCUGGAUGUACACCGGCGAGCGCCAGGUGGGCGCGCUCCGGCGGCGGUACCUGGAGGCCGUGCUGCGGCAGGACGUCGGCUUCUUCGACACCGACGCGCGCACCGGCGACGUCGUCUUCAGCGUCUCCACCGACACGCUCCUCGUCCAGGACGCCAUCGGCGAGAAGGUCGGUAACUUCAUCCACUACCUCGCGACGUUCCUGGCGGGGCUCGUCGUCGGAUUCGUCUCCGCCUGGCGGCUGGCGCUGCUCAGCAUCGCCGUCAUCCCCGGCAUCGCCUUCGCCGGCGGGCUGUACGCGUACACGCUCACCGGGCUCACCUCCAAGAGCCGGGACUCGUACGCCAACGCCGGAAUCAUAGCCGAGCAGGCGAUUGCCCAGGUGAGGACGGUGUACUCCUAUGUGGGGGAGUCCAAGGCCCUGAAUUCCUACUCGGAGGCGAUUCAGAACACCCUGAAGCUGGGGUACAAGGCCGGGAUGGCGAAGGGGCUUGGCAUUGGGUGUACUUAUGGGAUUGCCUGCAUGUCAUGGGCACUGGUCUUCUGGUACGCCGGCGUGUUCAUCCGGAGUGGCCAGACAGACGGUGGAAAGGCAUUCACGGCGAUUUUUUCCGCCAUCGUCGGAGGCCUGAGCCUGGGACAGUCAUUCUCGAACCUUGGAGCUUUCAGCAAAGGGAAGAUUGCUGGUUACAAGCUAUUGGAGGUGAUAAGGCAGAGGCCAACGAUAGUUCAGGACACCGCUGAUGGUAGGUGCCUGCAUGAAGUCCACGGAAACAUUGAGUUCAAGGAAGUGUCCUUCAGCUAUCCAUCCCGCCCAGAUGUCAUGGUGUUCCGUGAUUUCUCGCUCUUCUUUCCUGCUGGGAAGACGGCGGCCGUGGUCGGAGGCAGUGGUUCUGGAAAGAGCACAGUUGUGUCUCUGAUAGAGCGGUUCUAUGAUCCUAAUCAGGGCCAAGUUUUGCUGGAUAAUGCGGACAUCAAGACUCUGCAAUUGAAAUGGCUGAGAGAUCAAAUUGGUUUGGUGAAUCAAGAACCCGCCCUCUUUGCGACCACCAUCAUUGAGAAUAUUCUUUAUGGCAAGCCAGAUGCCACAAUGGCUGAGGUUGAGGCUGCUGCUUCAGCUGCCAAUGCACAUAGCUUCAUUGCUCUUCUUCCUAAUGGGUAUAACACUCAGGUGGGGGAAAGAGGGCUUCAGCUAUCUGGUGGCCAGAAGCAACGAAUUGCCAUUGCCCGUGCAAUGCUGAAGAACCCAAAGAUCCUUCUCCUUGAUGAGGCAACUAGUGCACUUGAUGCAGGUUCUGAGAGUAUUGUUCAAGAAGCACUUGACCGCAUAAUGAUUGGCAGGACAACUGUGGUGGUUGCACACAGGCUCUCAACCAUACGAUGCGUUGACAUGAUCGCGGUGAUCCAGCAAGGCCAGGUUGUUGAGACCGGCACUCAUGACGAGCUCCUCGCCAAAGGAAGUUCGGGCGCUUAUGCAGCUCUCAUCAGAUUCCAGGAGAUGGCCAGAAACCGUGACUUCCGCGGGUCAUCGACCCGCAAGAACCGCUCAUCCCGCCUGAGCAACUCCCUGUCCACCCGGUCAUUGAGCCUCAGGUCAGGAAGCCUGAGGAACUUGAGCUACUCAUACAGCACCGGCGCAGAUGGCCGCAUCGAGAUGGUCUCGAACGCCGACAACGACCGGCGUGCCCCAAAGGGAUAUUUCUUCACGCUCCUCAAGCUAAAUGCGCCGGAGUGGCCCUAUACCGUGCUGGGCGCGAUCGGGUCCAUAAUGUCUGGGUUCAUCGGCCCGACUUUUGCUAUCGUGAUGAGCAACAUGAUCGAGGUGUUCUACCUCCGGGACCCCAACGCGAUGGAGCGCAAGACCAGGGAGUACGUGUUCAUCUACAUCGGGACUGGGUUCUACGCGGUGGUCGCGUACCUUAUCCAGCAUUACUUCUUCAGCAUCAUGGGCGAGAACCUGACCACCAGGGUGCGGAGGAUGAUGCUUGCAGUUAUCUUGAGGAACGAUGUGGGGUGGUUCGACGAGGAGGAGAACAACUCGAACCUCGUGGCGGCGCGCCUCGCCACCGAGGCCACAGACGUGAAGUCGGCCAUCGCGGAACGGAUAUCGGUGAUCCUGCAGAACAUGACCUCGCUCCUGGUGUCCUUCAUCGUCGGCUUCAUCAUCGAGUGGCGGGUGGCGAUCCUCAUUCUUGUCACCUUCCCUCUCCUUGUGCUCGCCAACUUUGCUCAGCAACUGUCGAUGAAGGGGUUCGCCGGCGACACGGCCAAGGCGCACGCCAAGACGAGCAUGAUCGCGGGGGAGGGCGUGAGCAACAUCCGCACGGUGGCGGCGUUCAACGCGCAGGACAAGAUCCUGUCCCUCUUCUGCGGCGAGCUGCGCGUCCCGCAGGCGCACAGCCUGCGCCGGAGCCAGAUCUCCGGCGCGCUCUACGGCCUCUCCCAGCUCUCCCUCUACGCCUCCGAGGCGCUCAUCCUCUGGUUCGGCGCCCACCUCGUCCGCAGCCGCGUGUCCACCUUCUCCAAGGUCAUCAAGGUCUUCGUCGUCCUCGUCAUCACCGCCAACUCCGUCGCCGAGACCGUCAGCCUGGCCCCCGAGAUCGUCCGCGGCGGCGAGUCCAUCCGCUCCGUCUUCGCCAUCCUCAACAGCAGGACCCGCAUCGACCCCGACGACCCGGAGGCCGAGCAGGUGGAGUCGGUACGUGGCGAGAUCGAGCUGCGCCACGUCGACUUCGCCUACCCGUCCCGCCCCGACGUGAUGGUGUUCAAGGACUUCAGCCUCAGGAUCCGGGCCGGCCAGAGCCAGGCGCUCGUGGGAGCCAGCGGGUCCGGGAAGAGCACCGUCAUCGCUCUCAUCGAGCGCUUCUACGACCCCAUGGCCGGGAAGGUCAUGAUCGACGGCAGGGACAUCCGUCGGCUCAACCUCAAGUCGCUGCGUCUCAAGAUCGGCCUGGUGCAGCAGGAGCCCGUCCUGUUCGCCACCAGCAUCCUGGAGAACAUCGCCUACGGCAAGGACGGCGUCACGGAGGAGCAGGUCGUCGAGGCCGCCAAGGUCGCCAACGUGCACGGCUUCGUCAGCGCGCUCCCCGACGGGUACAGGACGCCCGUCGGCGAGCGCGGCGUGCAGCUCUCCGGCGGCCAGAAGCAGCGCAUCGCCAUCGCCCGCGCCGUGCUCAAGGACCCGGCCGUGCUCCUGCUGGACGAGGCCACCAGCGCCCUCGACGCCGAGUCCGAGUGCGUGCUCCAGGAGGCGCUGGGCCGCAUCAUGAAGGGCCGGACCUGCGUGCUCGUCGCGCACCGCCUCUCCACCAUCCGCUGCGUCGACUCCAUCGCCGUGGUGCAGGACGGCCGCGUCGUCGAGCAGGGCAGCCAUGGCGAUCUCGUGUCACGGCCCGAUGGCCCCUACUCGAGGCUGCUGCAGCUGCAGCUGCACCAUGGGUGA